CAGCCCAAUUCCUGUUUGAGCUCAAUGCAGACAGACAGUCUGCAGCCAUCCUUCACUGCAUGUCAGCCUCUGCUACUCCGCUCCGCACAAACUGGAACCUUUUCAAAAGGAAAUUGCUUUCUUGUUGCACGCACAGAACUCCUGACUGCACUGUAGGCCGGUCCAUGAUCUGAUCAUGGCUGAUCCAAAUUUCAUCUGAAAAGAGUUUUACACAAGCUGUUCCUAAACUCCGGCAUCGUUCUCAAAGAUUACUGUUAUUGAAAGAAUAUACACAUAUAUCGUACAUCACCGUAUUCACACAAUGAGUGGGCUUGUGUACCCAAGCAAAAGCGUGCACCACAAUUACAGUAUAGAUGAUCUGGUCCUCUCUGCAGACAUCUCCUCAAGAGCCACAUACUGCUACAUUCUCCUGGCACUGGCUGGUCUGACAGCCAGCGUCUUCAUCCUAAUAACCUUCAUCACAGGCUGUAAAGGGGGAAAGAGCCUGACCAAGGUGGACACCUUCUUCUUUGCCCUUUCCCUCAGCGACCUGUUUAUAAUGCUCUUCUCCAUCUCUGUAAUUGCACACAGACCUGACUACUUUAAGACUACCAGUCUGAACUGUGGGGUCUUAUCGUUUUUCUUCAACAUCAGCUACUUCAACUCUCAGUUUCUCCAAGUGACCAUGCUGUUCUUCUUGACGUUCGAGGAGAACAGUCCCGGCGUAGCUCUGCUGAUAAAAGCUCUGGAUAACGCUCUGGCCUGCGUGGGCCUCACAGCCCUCGGCUCCUUCCUAGGUUCAGUCUUCACGACGGCACUGCUGGAGAUGGGCCAGCAGCGCAACGAGUCCCUCUACUGCCAGCUGGACCCCCUGCAAGCGGGACCCCGGUAUGACAUUGCCAAGUUCAUCGUGGGGAUCGCGCUUCCCUGCCUCCUCCUGACGCUCCUCCUCGUCAAGUUCCUCCUCCUUUGGAAAAAAUCAGAAACCGGAAUGGGCUUGGCGGCCAGGCUCAAGGCUUGCUCUGCGUUCCUAGCUGUGGCCUCGGUGACGCUCGUCUGCAGGAUCUUUUACAACGCAGUCCUGCUCCACAGAACCUCCCUCAAGUACGGGCUGGGCAGCUUCUCUCCGCAGCAUGAGGCCCUGGGCAACGUGGCAGAGCUGGUGAUGUUCUCCGGGAGCUGCCUCAGCUUGGUGCUCAUCGUCUCCCUUCACAAACUGUGCCGGGAAGGCAUGGUAAGGACUCUGAAGAGCAUGACAGACCCCUGCAGGAGAAUCGGCAGGGGCGAGACUCACAGGAAUAUCAUGACACCCACCAUAGAGAUUGCAGAGCACAAAGAGGAAACUGUGUCGCUGUACUCUGAGAACCAGGGAGAGGUGCCCGGGUCAACCAACGGCUGCUGAUGAGCGGACAGAUGAAAAGCAGAGAGCGGCUGGCCGUUCACCUCGCCCGCUGGCACUGACAGGAGUGCUCAUACUCACCGACAGACCUUGCUUACAAGAGCUUAAUUUUUCACCCUUUUUUUGUUCUUUUUUACUUUUAAAAAGCUGUACAAUACCGUGUGGCAGAACCCUGUUCAGAAUGGUAAAUCGGUUCUCCGUAAUGACACACAAUCUGAUAAUCUGUACUGCAAUGAAAAAAAUGCCUUGUCCUCGUCCAA